GUUUUCCGGUCAGGCGGCGCUGAUCGAGGACCUGUUGGAGAUGACAGCUGACCAGGGCGGACUGAAAGGCAGGCAACGAAGCACCCCACGCCCAGGAAGUUGCCGUGUGACCGAGCCGUCUCCAUGGAGUCCCUGAUGAGUGCCGUGUCGCCUCGCUCCCUGGCGCCCGGCAAGAAACUCUGCGAGGUGGACUUCCGCUCGGGCGCGUCCCUGGAGCAGCUGUCCACUCAAGUGUCCGAGCUGGUCCUACUGGAGCAGGGCGGCUUCGGGGACCAAACCGCCUUGGAGGUCCACACGGCAAAAGAUUUCAUUUUCAACAUGUUAGGUUUAGUCCAGAAGGUGGAUCAGCGCCUCCCGGUGGCCAAUGAGUACCUGCUGCUGUCCGGAGGAGCCCAAGAGGGCGUCUUGGACCUGAAUCCGGAGGACUUGGGCAAUUACGCCAAAGGUGCUGACUUUGACCUGGACUUCACCCUGCUGGUGCCGGCCCUAAAGCUGCACGACCACAAUCAGCCCGUCACCUUGGACAUGAGACACUCGCCGCCGUGCCACUCGUGGCUCAGCCUGCGUCUGUGCGACUCCAACAUCCUGUCCCGCUGGAGCAUCUGCUGCCAGGAGGAGAGCGGACUUCCUGUUGAGGAAGACGAGGAGGAAGAAGGAGAAAUGGGGAAAGGCUCUAUUCCGUCACUAGACUCCCCUCAGUCCCUCGAUGGGUGCUACUUCUCCCCCACCCUGGUGACAGACUGGUUCUGGGGGGUGGUGAGCGAGGCAGUGGACGAGCUGCGCCGGAGCCCCCAGAGAGGCAUUCCCACCCCGGAGCGACUGGAGAGGAACGGGCCACUCACGACCGUCAUCCUUCAGGCGGGCUCCAGCAGGGUGCUGUACGACCUUCUGCCCGUGGUGUCGUUUCGGGGUUGGCCUGCCGUGGCUCAAGGCUGGCUGACGGCGAAUCACUUCUGGGAUGGGAAAAUCACGGAGGAGGAGGCCAUAUCGGGCUUCUACCUGCUGCCCAGCUGCUCGCCACUGGGCGGGAGACCCGACAGGGAGUGGCGACUCGCCUUCUCCCGCAGCGAGGUCCAGUUGAAGAAAUGCAUCCCGUUCCCCAUGGCGCAGGCUUUCCAAGCCGCCAAGGCGGUGUUGUCUCGUAUCCUGGCUCGUCCCCGCACGGGCCUCAGCCUCUACCACCUGCGCACGCUUCUCUUUUGGGCUUGCGAUCGACUUCCCGCCGCCUACCUGUCCUGCCCCGACUCGGACAACCCCGGCCGUCUCUUCCUGGGUCUCUUGGAUGACCUGGCGCAUUGCAUCCUGGGUAAAAACUGCCCAAACUACUUCCUGCCGCAGUGCAACAUGCUGGAGCACCUGACGGACGGCCAGGCUUUGCUCGUGGCCCGCAAACUAGCGCACGUGCGCUCCGAUCCCAGCGAGCACCUGCGGGCCGCUCUGGACCAAGCCCAGCAGGCGGGCCAGCUGAAGAAGGAGCUGGCGAGCAGCGUCAACGGCUCGCCGGGGCAUCACCCCGUCAACGGCAUCAUCUCGCCUUCCGAGGAUAAGCUGGCCCAGCGUCUCCAGCAGCUGGUCACCGAGAACCCCGGAAAAUCCAUCUCGGUCUUCCUCAACCCGGACGACGUCACCCGGCCGCACUUCCGCAUUGAUGACAAAUUCUACUGACGCGUUUGAAGAUGGAGGAAGAAGCCGAAAUAUGGUCAACGGGGCUGGACGUCACCGGGCUGUUGCCGAGGAGAUCGCCGACUCCUAACGAGCUCCGACGGGCGUACACUGGUGAGGGCUGGCUUUCAUCAAGUGAAGGCGCGAACACGAUGUCGAUGUACGCCUCAGGCUCAUCACAUUUCACACACUCCAAAAAAGAGGCUGCAACAUCCCCCCCUUGCGGAUUUUUCUUGAUCGUUUUUCAAUGUCAUGAUCAGUGUGUGACGUUCACAAUCAGAAAGCAAGAACGGCGUGAGGAUGAUGGAACUGAAUGUAACAUUAGGGAAGAGACCUUCCGCAUCUCUUCUCGCUAACGCCCACCCAUGUUUCACUUUUGGUCGUUGUUUCUCAGGUACCGAGAAUCCUUACAUUGCGAAAUGGGAGCUCUUCCCUAGCUUCAGCGGACAACGGAAUGUACCAAAGAGAAACACACACAAACACACACAGGAAGCGGCCAUUGCAAUCGCUGAUUUCAAAAACAAAAGAGAGACAAAUAUUUCUCUCAAAUUAGGGUCUUGACUCAUCCAGUCUUAGGUUAAGACUUUCUCUUAAAUGGCUUUAUCUCAUAUGUGGUGAUGAAAGGCACAAGCCGGCCAAGUUUACAUGCAAAGUGACUGAAUGUGUUCUUGGAGCAAAGCUGCUGUUUUCUCUACAAGUUGGAUGUGUUUACUGCUGAAUUGUUGAAGCUACACUCUUUUGUGUGUGUGUGUGUGUGUGUGUGUGUGUGCGCGUGCGCGUGCGCGCGCGUGCGUGCGUGCGUGCGUGCGUGUGUGUGUGCGUGUGUGUGUGUAGUGAAGCUGAAGUGACUACCAAAGUGUGCAGAAUGUUGACUGCGGUGCGUUUAAAAGUAAAAAAACGCAAAAAGACUAAAUAGUGCAGAAUAUACUCGGCACUGUUUUCUUUUGUCAUCUUGCUGCUUUUUAGACUCGCGCUGCUGAAAUCAAAACAUUUGUUUUCAAUAUCUCCAGAUACUUAAGUGCUAAUUGUGAUUGUUCUCAUUUUGACUGAUGACUGAUUUCGCGUAUUUAUUAUCACUUGAUUCUGAGGGCUUUCAAUUGUUCAGUUUGAGCUUCUAGCAUUCAAUAAAUGACGACCUUUUGAGUCACAAG